UAACUGGGAUUAUUAAUGUCAUAUAAAUAAACCAACAUCGACCGAUCUUCUCUGUCAUUCUCCUCUUUUUACAGAUAAAUUGCCCUCCCCAACCACUGCGACCUUCCCUUUUCAGUGGCGGAUCCGCCAAGACAUUUCCCAACUGGCCACAUCGUAUCACGUGCGCGUGUCGCUAGAUGCCUUGUUUUCCGUCCUGAAAAAUUUGGCAAUCCGUCCUUCCGAACUGAGCAAACAACCAUCCAUCGCCCAGUGCCACCCGACGCGCAUUGAGCUCGACGAUCAAGCUAAUAUCAACUCCCUUUCCCUCCCAUCUCCUCACCUGCUGCACUUGACCUUUCUUCAUCUUUACCACCGUCUACCUAUCUUCUAUUCUCCGCCUCGUUUUCCGAACGCCACCAGGGCCAACCCCCUUCGCAAUUGACGGCGGGGUUGUAGCUGCGCUAUGGGUGACGGCUCUGAUUAUCCUAGUCCACGAAGUGAAGGUCCCGGUGGACCUACCUCUGUUCUCGUCACUGUUCAAGACUCGCUUUCUCCAGCUCCUAAGAUGAACGACCAACUGUCUCCGAACUUCAUGGAAGGGACGCGCCCGCGACUGUCGGUGAGAAGAGCGCGGGAUCCGCCCAAGAACACUGCCGGUCAAAUCUACUGCGACCAUCCCGAGUGCCAGCACUCGCCCCCAACAUUUCGCCGUCCGUGCGAAUGGAACAAACACAUGGACAAACACGACCGUCCGUACAAGUGCAUGGAACCCGGCUGCGACAAGAUUCAAGGUUUUACAUACUCUGGCGGUCUGCUGAGGCAUCAGCGCGAGGUGCAUAAGAAGAACAUCAAUGCCAAGAAACCCUUGAUGUGUCCGUACGCCGACUGCAAUCGCAGCACAGGGAACGGAUUUACGCGUCAGGAAAACUUGAAGGAGCACCUUCGCCGCCGCCACAUGCACACUGAGAACGGACAUGCGUCCGAGCUGCCCAUCGCCCCGUCGCCCGAUCUGGAUGGCACCACGUCUCUUGCGACGGCAUCCGCAGCCUUGAAGAGGAAGCGCGAAUCUCUCGGAGAUGAUCCGGCCACUCUCGAGCUUCCUGAGGAGGAAGAGAAUGGGGUGGAUCUUCGCAAUGAAUUGAAGAGGCUGCGUCGUGAGGUCCAGGAAAAGGACCGCCGACUGGAGGAGUUGGAACGCAUCGUGGCUGGACUACAGCAGGCGAUUCCUCAGACCGCGACGUCACAGGGCUAGCUGGAUGCGCAGGAUCAAGUUUUCGACGAGUGGUAUUGAUUCAUCGCUCUUUCACUUUCUUAUCAUUUGUUGCUUUUCCCUGUUUCGUGCUACUUUGGCUCUCCCCUUUCGCUUUGCCUACCUCCCCCUUCUUUUCUUUUCUUCUCUGGUUCAGAGUCAUUUCACUUCAUUCUCAUGGUUUGCUGUAUGAAAUUUGCAUUCAAAGGGCGUUCAAAUUAUGCAAAUUAUGGGCCAUGGUUGAUUUCGCGAAAUUUGUCUACAACAUCUACGGGUGGUUCAUAUGGGUCGGUCUACAUCUCGGAACGCAUGGAUAAGAUCAGGCAGCUCUGAAGAUGAUGGCGUUUGCUCGAGGUCGUUGAUACAGACCAGGUGGUGUUUUUUUAUUCUGAUUUAUCCUUGUGAUUCUUACCCUUUGUCUCUUUCCCUAUAUCAUUUCCUCCUCCAUCUCCUUAUUACCUAUUAUUCCCUGAAAUAUACCCAGGCGUUUUCACCCCGUUUCUUUUGUUGCCUCUGACCUUUCCAUAAUCUUGUCUCUUCAGUUGUGCCUUAAAUCCUCCGAUGCAAACGUAGCUGUCGAUCCUGGGAUGCGUAGUCCCUCCACCACGUCAGUGGGGUGAAAUCAUAAAAUACGGCUCUCAUCUA